CUUGCAUUUGUUGUGAUAAAGAACUAACCACACUUUUAAAAAAUGGCAUUCAAGUUUGUAUUCGGACUCGCCUUCGUCGCCGUAGCCAGCGCUGGCUAUGUACCAGUUGCCCCAGUAUACCACGCCGCACCAGCCGUCGCUGUGCACGCAGCACCUGUGGCUUUAGCUCAAAAGGUCGUUGUUAAAUCGGAGGAAUACGAUCCUCAUCCUCAAUACAAAUACUCUUAUGGCGUUGAUGACAAACUCACCGGUGAUUCCAAAAGUCAAGUGGAGGAACGUGAUGGUGACGUGGUUCAUGGUGAAUACUCCCUCAUUGACGCUGAUGGUUACAAACGCACUGUUCAGUACACUUCGGAUGACGUGAAUGGUUUCAAUGCCGUCGUCAGCCGUGAACCUCUCGUAAAAGCUGUUGCCGUGGCUCCAGUUGUUAAAACUGUUGCCCCAGUUGCCCAUUACGCUGCUCCAGUUGCGCACUACUCCGCUCCAGUUGAUCACUACUCCGCUCCAGUUGCUCAUUACUCCGCUCCCUACGCUCACUACUCAGCCCCCGCAGUGGUCAAGACAGUUGCCCCAGUGGCUCACUAUGCCGCUUCAGCUGCCCAUUACACUUCUUAUGCCGCUCCAGCAGUCGUCAAAUAUCAUCACUAAAGACUAGUAUAAACUUCGAAUAUUACCCAUAGAAAUAAACAAAUAUGAAUGUA